AUGAGUGCGUCCCUAGGACGAGCAUGGCUUCACGAUCUUGAAAACAAACUCCAACAAGCGGGGAAGGCCGGUUUCCAAGGCAUCGAGAUCUUCUACGAGGAUUUAGAUUAUGAAGCCAGAAAAAUCGCCGGAUCUGACAGUCCAAGCCCCGAGAACUUGAUUCAAGCUGCAGAGCGUAUCUACUCACUUUGUGAAGCGCAGGGUCUUGAAAUCAUCGGCCUUCAACCAUUUCUAUUCUACGAGGGUCUCAAAGACAGAGAGCAACACGCGAAGUUGAUCGAGAAAUUAAAACUGUGGUUCAAAUUGGCCAAAACACUCCACACAACAACUAUUCAGAUUCCUGCCAAUUUCCUACCAGCAGACCAAUUGACAGAUGAUCUUGACAUCAUUGCUAGCGAUCUUCGACAAGUAUCAGAUAUGGGAGAUGCAGAAAACCCUCCUAUUCGCUUUGCCUAUGAGAACCUAUGCUGGAGCACUCACAUCGACACCUGGGAGAAGGUGUGGGAUGUCGUUAAGCGGGUUGAUAGACCUAAUUUUGGAAUGUGUCUUGAUACAUUCAAUAUUGCGGGUCGUGUAUGGGCCGAUCCUGCAUCUCCAACGGGGAAAACGCCAAAUGCCGAUGCCGAUUUGAAGCAAUCUAUUGAUCGACUCGUGAAGGAGGUUGAUGUGGCCAAGGUUUUUUAUAUCCAAGUUGUAAAUGCUGAACGCAUGGAGUCCCCAUUGGUCCCUGGGCAUCCGUUCCAUGUCGACGGGCAGCCCGCACGCAUGAACUGGUCUCGCAAUGCAAGGACGUUCAUGUAUGAAGAAGAUCGGGCAGCAUAUCUGCCCGUGGAGGAUGUUGCACGGGCAAUUAUCUCUGGACUGGGGUAUGUGGGUUAUGUUUCUAUGGAAUUAUUCUCUAGGACCAUGUCGGAGGAAGGGGAUAAUGUUCCCACGGAGCAUGCCGAGAGGGGGAUUUUGGCAUGGAAGAAGUUCCAGGCAAAAUUUAAGCUUGAUUGA